AGAGUGGUCCAUGUUUUGAAUAGAAAAGCUAACAUGACAGCUUAAUCAUUUUUGGUCUUCACUAUUCAAUUUACAGUAGUUGAGCACCUCUCCAAACAUUCAAUCCAUGCACUAUUUUGGUCUUAGAGCUAGUACUAAUCAUUACUUUUGGAAUAUGUGUGCCUGAAUAAUUCCAACCCCACUACUUGACAAAGAUCAUUGCAGAGAAUUUUAGUUGUUGCGACAAAAUGAAUGAAUCUGUACUUGAGAACAUCGAAAAGACAAAUAAUGGCGAUCCUGGUGAUGUGAAAGAAGAAUGUUCCGGGUCCAAAAUGAGCCCCAGGGGUCACUGGAGACCAGCUGAAGAUGAGAAGCUUAGAGAGCUUGUUCUACAAUAUGGACCCCAGAACUGGAAUUCUAUUGCAGACAAACUCCAUGGAAGAUCAGGGAAGAGUUGCAGGUUGCGAUGGUUCAAUCAGCUGGACCCACGAAUAAACCGUCAACCGUUUACAGAAGAAGAAGAAGAGAGACUUUUGGCUGCUCACAGAUUACACGGCAAUAAAUGGGCCAUGAUAGCUCGCCUCUUUCCAGGGAGAACAGACAAUGCAGUAAAGAAUCACUGGCACGUUAUUAUGGCAAGAAGGCUUAGAGAAAGAUCUCGAAUCUAUGGCAGACGAAGAUCAUCCACUUUGCUCAAAAAGGCUGCUGCAACAGCAAGGCACUCUGUGGACCAUCAUCACCACAUCGGACAAACUUCUCUCAACAAAUUUGUAGGCGGAUAUUAUAAAGGAAAACCCUCUGACCUUAUGUUUAAUCCAUGUCUCAAACCCCAUUAUAGCGUGAGAGCCACAGACUCAAAUUCAGAGAUAAAUGCACCAGGUAUUCAGUGCGUGGAAGGCAAGGACUAUAACAACAUAAUCAUGGGCAAAUAUGGUUUUGAAUCCACUCGACAAUUCAUAGACUAUUUGUCUCCUGAACCCACAAUGAGAACAUUUUUCUCUUUAUCAGGAUCAUCUCGUCCUACAGUCGUCAAUGGAUCUGUAAUUUCCAAGGCACCAGAUUUAUCUCAGCCUGCCAGGUCAGAUUUGAUUUGGCCACAACCAGUUGCACCAAGUUCAGAUACUAGAAUAAUCAGUCACCAUUUCAGAUUACCACAAUUUUAUGAUCAUAAUGGAGAGACAGAUCAGGGCCCAGCAGAAGCCAAACAAGGGGAAGGCAGUUCAGACCUAGUAAAUUUAAGCAGUAGUAAGAGCAGCUACCAUCCUACAGUAGAACUCCUGGGUACAAAUCAUUCUCUUGAAUCUAGCUACACAACUUCAAGAAAAGCACAACUUGUGCCUUUCAAUCAGCCUUUUAGUACAAUAAAUAGCACAUCCAUGAAUAAUCAAGGACCAAAACGUUCAAUCACAUAUCCUGAGUUAACAACGUUUGCUUCCCCUCUAAGGAGAUCGGAAGUUGAGCAGUCAAGCACUAAUUUCACAGAAGAGCGGGAUGGAGAAUGCAACAACACAACUAACGUUCAUUUCAUAGAUUUUUUAGGAGUGGGUGAAUCUUAAAUCAACUCCAAACAAAUGAGGAGUUGUACAUAUUGCUAUUAAACUUAGUCUAUAUCUAUUUAACGGCCAA